CUUGCAUUCAACGAUAUAAGAUAAUAAACGUGUCUCACAGACACUUAAAACACUUCAAACAUGGUCACAAGUGCCGUGACGAAGAUUUCUCCUAUGCUUUGUGUUUUUCUUCUUUAUUGGACCGUGCCUUCACUUAGAGCAGAGAAACACUCGUUGUAUUACAUUUAUACGGUUUUGUCCAAACCUGUCGAUCUGCCAGGCAUCUAUCAGUUCACUGCUAUGGGUCUGCUAGACGACAUACAGAUUGACUAUUACAAUAGUGUGGAACAGAGGAAGAUUCCCAAACAGACCUGGAUGAAAGAGAAAAUGCAGGAGGAUUACUGGGAAAAAGGCACCCAGUCCAGAAAGAGCAAAGAACAGUGGUUUAAUGUGAAUGUCGACAUUCUGAUAAGCCGUAUGAAUCAAAGUGAAUCGGAUGUUCAUGUUCUUCAGUGGAGACACGGCUGUGAAAUUGAGCGGCAGGGAGAUGAAGUGAAGUUUUCCAAAGGCAUUGAUGAGUACGCCUAUGAUGGAGCUGACUUUCUGUCUUUUGAUGAUAAAGAGUCUCAGUGGGUCGCUCCAGUUGCUGAAGCUCUACCAACUAAGAGAAAAUGGGACAGUGUGCCAAUCCUAAACCAGUACACCAAAGGAUACCUGGAGAAAGAGUGUGUGGACUGGCUCAACAAAUUCAGAGAAUAUGCAAAUGAGGAGCUCAGAAAUGCCUCUCCUCCAGAGGUUCAUAUGCUUCCAAAGAAGGGGAUCACUCGUAGGGGGAAAAGUGGGACUGUGGUACAGCGAUCCCCUGCCAGUUCUACUGAGGAGAGUCUGUACAUAUUUUGUACAGGCGUCCCAGAAAACGUAGUGAAGCCAGUGUUUGUGAGAGGGACUAUCAGAGACAGAUCCAAGCUGAAACUCACCUGUAUGGCCACUGGUUUCUACCCCAAAGACAUAACACUGAAUAUUAGGAAAUAUCGCACAUCUCUGCCUGAAGAUGAUGUUGAAUCUACAGGAAUCAGACCAAACCAUGAUGGAACCUUCCAGCUGAGGAAGAGUGUGAAGAUCAACGAGCAUGAAGAAGCUUAUGAUUGUAUUGUGCUCCACAGAACCUUAAAAGAACCAAUUAUCAUCACAUGGGGUAAUUAA